GGAAAAUCAACCGGAAACAUCGUUUUGUUUACGAACACACUUUCGUUUUACUUUACUUAUUGACUUUUUGUUCAAAUAAAACUUCAUUUGAAUCUGGUUUACUCUUUGCUCUUAAAAUAUGGCGAGAAACAGUGAAAAGGCCAUGACAACAUUGGCCAGAUGGAGAGCUUCCCAGGUUGGAGGUAUCAAAGAAAAGGACCGAAGACCAUACCUGGCAUCUGACUGUGACAAUCUCCAAGAAUCUGAAAAAUGGCGACGACAAAUUAUUGGUGAAAUUUCCAGAAAAGUGGCGCAGAUUCAGAAUGCCGGUUUAGGUGAGUUCAAGCUGCGUGAUUUAAAUGACGAAAUCAACAAACUCUUGAGAGAAAAAGGUCAUUGGGAGGACAGAAUUCUGGAACUGGGAGGGCCAGACUAUAGGAAAAUUGGUCCUAAGAUGCUGGACAGUGAUGGUAAAGAAGUCCCUGGGAACAAGGGCUAUAAAUAUUUUGGUGCUGCCAAAGACUUACCGGGAGUCAGAGAAUUAUUUGAACAAGAGCCACCUGCACCACCUCGCAAGACUAGAGCUGAGCUGAUGAAAUACAUAGACGCUGAUUAUUAUGGCCUUAGAGAUGAAGAUGAUGGUAUAAUUGUACCACUUGAAAUAGAAGCAGAGAAAAAAGCAAUCAGAGCUAAGGUGAAAGAAUGGAAGGAGAAGAAAAGUCGUGUGAAGACAGGUGAGAUCACAGAGGAGGAAGCCCACGGAAAAGAGGAGGAGUUGUUUUCCUCUGCAGAUUUGGCAGAAAAUUUUGAAGAUGAUGUUGCUAGUGAGACUCAGACUAGCUCCACUACAGAUGUCACCAUUCAUGAGCUGGAGAAACACUUCAUUGCUCACGUUCCAGUCCCGUCUCAAAAAGAGAUUGAAGAAGCUUUGAUACACAGAAAGAAAAUGGAACUAAUGCAGAGAUAUGCGUCGGACAGUCUGCAAGGAGAGGAAGAGGAAGCCAGAGAAAUGGUGGGGGUCUGACAGGAACAAGAAAUUGUAAAUGAUUGGGCUCAGAAAUUUUAGUUUUGUUCAUGACUGGACAUUGAAAGUUUUAGUUGGAUGACUGAGGUCUGAAAGUUUUAGUUGGAUGACUGGAUAUUGAAAGUUUUAGUUGGAUGACUGGGGUCUGAAGGUUUAGUUGGAUGACUGGAUAUUGAAAGUGUUGAUGGCUGGGCUAUGAAAGUCUUGUUUUGUAGUUGACUUAACUUCUACUAGUGAAACUGGUUUUGUACAUGAUGAAAGUUUUGUUACAAGAAUUUUUUAUUAUGUAAAUAGGCAGCUGUGUAUUUGAUGUAAUUUCUUCCAUGUAUAAUAUUAAAUGUUAUGAC